CUUGAUAGCGGCGUCGGCCAUCUUGGAUCACAUCAUCAGGUUCCACUCAGAGCCGUUGCAUGAGCACGCGACUCAUUGAUUGACCUCCUGCCGUUGAUUAGAGAAGACCAACCGUUUAACCGUUUACCGACGACAGCCGUUAAACCCGCGUGUGUGUUUUUAUUGCUCGCGGAGCGGACAAGCUAACUGAAGGAUUGUUGAAAGAAAGAAGCGUCAUGGCGACCGCUACCCCAAGCCGUGAAGCUGGCCGGUCGGCGGCCUCGACUCCUCUCUCCCCGACCCGCAUCUCCCGCUUACAGGAGAAACAAGACCUGCAGCACCUCAACGACCGACUGGCCGUCUACAUCGACCGGGUCCGCUCGCUGGAGCUGGAGAACGACCGGUUGAUGGUCAAAGUGUCCGAGAAAGAGGAGGUGACUACCAGAGAGGUGACCGGCCUGAAGGGUCUGUAUGAGGCAGAGUUAGCUGAUGCUCGACGGGUUCUGGAUGAGACCGCUAGAGAGAGAGCCAGGCUCCAGAUCGACCUGGGCAAGGCUCAGGCUGACCUGGAAGAAGCCACACGCAGUGCCAAGAAGAAGGAUGGUGAUCUUGCUGCAGCCAUGUCCAGGGCCGCUGGUUUGGAAAGCCAGCUGAACAAGAGUGAAGCAUCUCUCGCUACAGCUCUAAGCCAGAAUAAUGCUCUGACUUCUGAGCUGGCUGAUGUCAAGGGCCAACUGGCUAAGGCAGAGGACAGCCAUGCCGUUGCUAAGCGCCAGCUGGAGGCAGAGACGCUGAUGCGUGUCGACUUGGAGAACCGCUGUCAAUCACUGAGUGAAGAGCUGGAGUUCAGGAAGAGCAUGUUUGAAGAGGAGGUGCGUGAGUCUCGGCGUCGACAGGAGCAGAGGAUAGUGGAAGUGGACUCUGGAGUCAGACAGGACUACGACUUCAAACUGGGACAAGCUUUACAGGACCUACGGAAGACACAUGAUGAGCAGGUAUCUCUUUAUAAGGGAGAACUGGAGCAAACCUUCCAGGCCAAGUUGGAUAAUGCCAAGGUGUCCUCGGAGAUUAAUGACAAGGCGAUGGGCACGGCCAGGGAGGAGGUGCAGGAAUCCCGUAUGAGAAUAGAGAGCCUUGGAUAUCAGCUCAGUGCCCUGCAGAAACAGGCGGCUGCCUCAGAGGAUCGUAUCAGAGAGCUGGAGGAAAUUCUGUCUGCAGAGCGGGACAAGCAUCGCCGUACCAUCGAAGGAAAAGAACAAGAGAUGAGUGAACUGAGAGAGAGGAUGAACGCUCAGCUCAGUGAAUACCAGGAGCUGCUGGACGUCAAGCUUGCUCUAGAUAUGGAGAUCAAUGCAUACAGGAAACUGCUGGAGGGAGAGGAGCACAGACUGAAGCUGUCCCCCAGCCCAUCUGCUCGAGUCACUGUUUCCAGGCUGACUGGAUCUUCCUCCUCUCGCACCACCAAAAGGAAGAGGGCGGAGGUGGAGGGUAUGGAAAUGCCAGAGGUGGAAAGAGGAGAGGGGCAGCUGCUGGUGUCGGAAGAAGCCACAGCUAGCGGAGCAGUCACCAUAUCACCCACCGACAUGGAUGGAAACGCAGUCACACUCACCAAUGAUACUGAGGAGGACCAGCCGAUGGGCAACUGGAGGUUGAAAAGACAGGUCGACGAUGGGGACGAGGUCAUCUACAAGUUCUCCCCAAAGUUUGUCCUUAAGGCUGGACAGACUGUCACGGUGUGGUCUGCUGAUGCUGGCGUGGCCCACAGUCCACCAACUGACCUUCUAUGGAAGAGUCAGACUUCCUGGGGCACAGGAAAUGACAUCGUUACUACUUUGAUCAACGGUGAUGGCGAGGAGGUGGCCACGAGGAGCGUAACCAAGACUGAGAUGGAGAUAGACAAUGGAGAGGACGAGGAGGAAGAGGCACAAUCGGGCAAGGUGUCCUCCAGAGAGUGUGCCAUCAUGUGAGGUCUUCCCCUUCUGUCGGCUGUCACUUCCCCAUUAUAUAUCUAUUUUUUCUCUAGAGCCACUCAGAUAUGAUCCUAUCCACUGCCUCAUCAUUAUGCGUUUUUUAUUCAAGACAAUAUAAGAAUUUUUGGACUAAUGGACUCUUUUUACCGUUCUCCAUAUUUGUGGAGCUGCUUUUAAUGAGUCAAGUUUCUUAAAUAUUACUAGCAGUGUCACCGUCUGGAUCACACUGAUGAUGAUGGAUCCAAAUCUAGAGACUGGUGUAGCAGCCGACUAUUCCCAUCCCGACUACUACUAGUACUCUACAUGUCUGCGGUCCAUUCGUCCUUCAUGCACAGUAGAACACGAUGUGCAACCAUUGCACAGAAAUCCACUGAAAGAAUCUGGUGUUUUGAGUUCUACAGAUAAAGUUCCUACAUGGAUGGAUUGCUAACUUAAGUGUUGAACAAAUGAUGGGCAGCUCUUAAUUGGAUUUCGGAGAACAGUGUUUCCCAUCUAUAACAUUUAUCUGUGUGGUUAUCAGAUAGAUAUCCUCUGGAUUUUUUUUUUUAUAUACGUCUUCCAUUGAAAGGUCGUCAAUUCUCUUUAUAUAGCCCAAUUAUGACACAUUUUCCUCCCGAGCUUUACAGUGUGUACAGUACAACGACACCCUCUGUCCUUAGAGCCUCCCUUCAGAUCAGGAAAAACUGCAGAGAUAUGCAGUUGAUAUGAUGCAUCGUUGUGCGAUCGUGUCUGGUUUCCUUAAUCUAAAAUGUGCUUGCAAAUCAGUCAAGUGUUGGGACUUCAGAGAUUAGACCAGAAUGCUGAUCUCAGUCCUGAAGCAGGCUGGUGACUCCUCCAGGCAGCCCAGCAUAUACCUAUGAGCUUCACAGUGAUGACAUGAGCACACUACUAGUGUAAGCUGCUCGAAGGUCGGUGGUUAAUAUACCUGUAGGAGACGUCACCUGCUUCAGGACCGUUGGCUUAUAAUGAGAAAUCCAUUGAGUUCAGUGAUGGUCCAGCUCUGACUUGAGUCCUCUGUUGAUCUUAGAGCUGCAGACCAGACCUGACUCAGCAGGCUUCUCCUCAUCUGGCCACGUGUUUUGUAAUUCGGGUGGGAAGAAGGGGGGCUCGUGACUGUCCGACCAUUGUACACACAAGAUACGGAGUGAAAGCAACCCUGGUACGAUACCUGCGUCCUGCCGUGCUAGAGGACAUUGUACGAGUGUUGCUCUCACACCUUGUGGGCCGUCUUGGGAAUACUCCAUUUUUCUCGUGUGUCUGUAUGCUGUGCUUUACAUCGCUAGUUAUUUUUCUAUAGAGUGCUUGUCUAUGUAAUCAACCUGUUUACACGCUAUAUCUCAUGUAUUAAUUAGUGUUUGGGAUCUCUGGGAGGAUUAUGGUUGGGUGUUUAUCACCUUAAAUGGGUUUCAGGAUCCUGAUGAAUUGAUACUGAACACUACUCCUGCAGUGUUCUGCUGACAGUUUAAAGGCAUCACCGAGUUUCUUAUCGGCAGAAGCAACUGCUUCUUGUCUCAUAAUUAACAAGUGACCAACUUUGAAGUCUGGCAGUGUUGGACUAACUGACUAUUAAGUUAAUACUGAUCUGAUUUUGAUUGUUUGUAAGGCUCUGAAAUCCGAUGGUAAUGCAGUCCCUCCAGGAUUCUUUUGAUUUACCCACAAGAAUUAAUGCUUAGAAAACUUGUCAAAUGAAAAAGAUGGUAAGCUAAUGCAAAUUUUACCAAUCACUAAUAAUCGAGCUUCAGUCUCGACAAGAACAACUUCCUCAGAACUACAUGGUGGAGUUAUUGUUGCAUAUUUGUAUGCAUGAUCAUCAGUUUGCAGCUGAGUUGCCAUUUUUAAGUUUUGGAAAAUAACACAAAAUGUCAAAAUGGAGCCAAAGGUUAAUUUAGAAAAGCUGUGCUCCUGGAGGGACUGCGAGGUGACACGGGUCUGACCAGCUGUGCUACAUUAUAUUAUGUGACUGUGAUUUUCUGUUGAACACCAUUUAAGGGGAGACACUCCAGGUGAACAAGGUAAAACAUUUAACUCAUAGAUACCGUCAUGAAACUUCCCCAGUUGAUUACUGACAUAAUUGUUUUGUAUUACAAGUUUUCUGAAAUGUUGUGAUUAAUUAUGCAAAUGAGGCAUUAUGUAAUGCUAACUGAAAUCUACAGAUGCAAAUAAAUGUUUUCUUUCCACUGGUCUGAGAGAAGACGCGUUAUGGAAGCCAAGUAUCCCCCAAAAGUUCAAAAUUGAUCAGUGCACGAAAACCAAUGUUUUUGCCUGUUGUGUCUCCGCUUAACCUGGUAUUGUUACUGUGGGAGGGGGGGGCAUGCCAAAUGUGAGUUUCAUUCAUGAAUUCAUGAUUAACUGUUGUUGAACUACUUUUUGUACACACAAUAAAUGUUUUACAUAUACA